AUGAUCGCCCGUGGCCGCUCCGGACUCUGCCUCGCUCUCUGCGCCUUGGGGCUGGCACUGCUGGGCGAUGUGUCCCGGGCUGUCCCCAUGGACGAUCAGGAUUAUUACCUGCAGGAAAUCACCAACAGGGAUCAUUAUUACUCCUUUCCGUAUCCCGGGGAAGAGUUCUUUCCUUUCACGGAGCAGCCCGGAGAGGAAGGACCUAUCCGUGCUGCUGAGAGAGAGGAGCAGCCAGGGUUCAAACCGAGCAGGAAGGAGUUAAAACAGAGGAAAAACAACAAAAAAGGAAAACCCAUUCUUGAACCGCCACCAGAUUGCCCUCCACUCGGUCUGGAGACAUUGAAAAUUACUGACUUCCAGCUCCAUGCCUCCACGGCCAAGCGCUACGGCCUCGGGGCCCACCGAGGGAGGCUCAACAUCCAGGCAGGUGUUAACGAAAAUGAUUUUUAUGAUGGUGCUUGGUGUGCAGGAAGAAAUGACCCCUACCAGUGGAUUGAAGUCGAUGCUCGAAGGCUGACAAAAUUCACUGGAGUCAUCACCCAGGGAAGAAACUCCCUCUGGUCGAGUAACUGGGUGACCUCUUACCGAGUGUUGGUGAGCAACGACAGCCAUGCAUGGACUGCUGUGAGGAACGAGUCUGGAGAUGUGAUUUUUGAAGGGAACAGCGAGAAGGAGAUCCCAGUGCUGAACAUGCUGCCGGUGCCGCUGGUGGCGCGUUACAUCCGCAUCAACCCGCGCUCCUGGUUCCAGGAGGGCAGCAUCUGCAUGAGGCUGGAGAUCCUGGGCUGCCCCUUGCCAGACCCAAACAAUUAUUACCACAGAAGAAAUGAAAUGACAACCACUGAUAAUCUGGACUUUAAGCAUCACAACUACAAGGAGAUGAGGCAGCUGAUGAAAACUGUGAAUAAAAUGUGCCCAAAUAUCACAAGAAUUUACAAUAUUGGAAAAAGCCACCAAGGACUGAAGCUGUAUGCAGUGGAGAUUUCUGACAACCCAGGAGAACACGAAGUUGGGGAGCCAGAAUUCCACUACAUUGCAGGAGCUCAUGGGAAUGAAGUGCUUGGGCGAGAGCUGAUCCUUCUGCUCAUGCAGUUCAUGUGCCAGGAAUACCUGGCUGGGAACCCACGCAUUGUGCACCUCAUCCAGGACACCAGGAUCCACCUGCUGCCCUCAGUGAACCCUGAUGGAUAUGACAAGGCCUAUAAAGCGGGUUCAGAAUUGGGGGGCUGGUCUCUAGGACGAUGGACUCAGGAUGGCAUUGACAUCAACAAUAACUUCCCUGACCUAAACUCUCUGCUCUGGGAGUCAGAAGAUCAGAAGAAGAGUAAAAGAAAAGUUCCAAACCAUCACAUUCCAAUCCCUGACUGGUACCUGUCCGAAAAUGCCACUGUGGCGGUGGAGACGCGGGCGAUCAUCGCCUGGAUGGAAAAAAUCCCUUUUGUGCUGGGUGGCAACCUGCAGGGGGGAGAGCUGGUGGUGGCCUAUCCCUACGACAUGGUGAGGUCCAUGUGGAAAACCCAGGACUACACUCCCACCCCUGACGACCACGUGUUCCGCUGGCUGGCCUACUCCUACGCCUCCACGCACCGCCUGAUGACGGACGCCAGGAGGAGGGCCUGCCACACCGAGGACUUCCAGAAGGAGGAUGGCACUGUCAACGGAGCCUCGUGGCACACCGUGGCUGGAAGCAUCAAUGACUUCAGCUACCUGCACACAAACUGCUUUGAGCUCUCCAUCUAUGUUGGCUGUGACAAAUAUCCCCACGAGAGCGAGCUGCCAGAGGAGUGGGAAAACAACCGCGAGUCCCUGAUUGUUUUUAUGGAACAGGUCCAUCGUGGCAUCAAAGGCAUUGUGAAAGAUGUGCAUGGGAAGGGAAUCCCAAAUGCUGUUAUUUCAGUGGAAGGUGUUAACCAUGACAUUCGCACAGGAGCUGACGGGGAUUACUGGCGUCUCCUCAACCCGGGCGAGUACGUGGUGGGCGUCAAGGCCGAGGGCUACACCGCCGCCACCAAGACCUGCGAGGUGGGCUACGACAUGGGCGCCACCCAGUGCGACUUCACCAUCUCCAAGACCAACCUGGCGAGGAUCAAGGAGAUCAUGAGGAAGUUUGGGAAGCAGCCCCUGAGCCUGGCGGCACGCCGGCUGCGGCAGCGGGCGCGGCGGUGGCAGCGGCGGUAGAGCGCGGCGCCAGCUCUGCUUCUCCCAGCCUGGCUGUAGUCGUAGUGAGAGUUACAUAGCCCAUCUCUUCGUGCCUUUUUCUCUGCACCGUGAGGCCUUGCUGUUUGUGGAG